CGUUUGUUUUGCCAACUUUUCGCACGUUUUUGUUGAAUCGCACGUGUACUGGACCAUUUGAUUACAAACGGAAUAAUUUUUGUUUCAAUUUUAUAGAAUACUAAAAUGGUCAAAAAUAAAAGAAAAUCCAUGGAAGAGGUAGAAAGUGAUGUCGCGGAAGAUUCAAUGAUUGAGAACGGGACCAGCGAAGGAGAUAGCGAAGAUAGUAUGGACGACAUCAAAAUCCAAGAAUAUCUGGAAAACGAUGAUGGCUUCUCUGAGCGAGAAGAACUGGAUUCAUCUGCCAAAGAUAAGGAAAAGGCGCAAAAAGAACCCAAAAGCAAGAGGAAAGUGAAAGAACCCAUGGAAGCAAGCGUCACUACAGUGACCCAAGCAAAGUUGAAGAAAACAAAUCCUGACAAAAUGAAGCCACCAACGCUUGAAGAGAUUAAUGAGCUAAAAGAGACGCGUAAUCUCUUUCAUUCAAAUCUUUUUCGCUUGCAAGUUAAAGAAAUGUUGGCUGAACUGAAAGUUAAGGACAAAUACCAUAACUACGUAAAUAAUUGGUUGGAACAUUUUAAGCAGUUUUUGAGUAAACUUCAAACACAGCCUCAGAAAGAGGAUAUGAAUAAGCAAGGGUGGAUAAGAAGUAGUAAAAUCAAACUUCCGAUUUCGUUGGAAAAUUUAGGAGUACAACAACUAACGGUUUUCCAAUUUCAAUUCAUAAAAGCGAAAGUCUCGCCAUAUCUCAUAGGUGCUGCUGCCACGCAAACUUUACUUGGCCCGAAGCUAGUCGCCGAUAUUUGCCUAGCCAUGCCAGAAGAGUGCUUUCAAAAGGAGAACUAUCUAAAUUUAAUAUAUGACCAAAAACGCGCAUACUAUUUAACUUACAUUGCAAAUAAACUACUUAGCAGCGCCGAAUUCGGGAAUGAGCUAACCAUUGACAAGCUAAAAUUCAGCUACUAUAAUAACAAUCCUUUAAAAGCGGUAUUGGAGAUUGCACCAACUCUAAUAGCCAGAAGCAGUGGCAAAAUAAACAUAGCAAAUAAGCUGCUUUUGCGUCUAUUUAUUACAGCAGAAGAAAGCUCUUUCAAACUGAGUCGCUUUGUUCCAUGGAAUAAUAAUGUGCGUGCUAGAAUUUUUGGCGAUGACGAUGAAGAAACGCUGCCAAUGGCGACACCAAAUUAUAACGCUGGUGUUUUAUUCGAUCUCACUAUGCAACGAAACCAACAAUUGUUGCAUGGUAUUUUCGAUGGGAGAAAAAAUUUCCAAGAAGGUCUUGUAUUGUUGAAAGUUUGGUUGCGUCAACGUGAAUUCGAUGUAGGAUUUAACGGCUUCAGUGCGCAUUUGCUAGCAAUGUUCGUAUCGUACCUUUACAAACAGCGUAAGCUACAUGUAAAUAUGAGCAGCUAUCAAGUGGCGCGCACCGUCUGGAACCAACUGGCAUACAGUGCAUGGGAUGAAGAUGGCAAGGGUAUUUCAUUAUCUGACAACUCUACUGAUCUCGCUAAUCAACCCACAUUGGAGCAAUUCCAUACCUACUACGAUGUUGUUUUCGUAGAUGCUACUGGUUUUUAUAAUAUGGCGGCUAAUUUAACGCCAGAUCUGUAUCGUCGUGUGCGUCUAGAAGCGAAAUUAGCGGUGGACAUGUUAAACGACAUGAAAAUAAAUAGCUUUCAGAUACUUUUUAUGACAAAAUUUCCGCUCUAUAGCCAAUUCGAUAACUUGCUCAAAAUCAAUAAGAGGGAUAUAGUCGAGCAAAUUAUUGAGAUGCAUGUCGCACCUGCAGAUAAGUAUAAUUUUGCUGGUUAUACGCACCCAUUACUACUAAAGGUGGUAGUUAGUCUGCUUCGAAAAGGACUUGGCGAACGUGUGCGUGCUCUGCUACCGAUCGAACAGCCAACCGAUGCUUGGACUUGCACAGAUAAAGCGCCAGAUUGCGCACGUUACUGCCAUCUUGGCAUUGUGCUCAAUCCGGAAAAGGCUUUUGAAGUUUUAGACAAAGGUCCGGAGUCUAUUGCAGAGAGCGCUAACGAAUUUCGUAAGUUCUGGGGUGAUAAAGCGCAAUUGCGGCGCUUUCAAGAUGGCAGUAUUACCGAAUCAGUUGUGUGGGCUGCAACAACUGACAGCCUAUGGAAACGGCGCUUAGUGGUGCGUUCAAUUAUCGCACAUCUCUUGCAACACCAUUUUCAAUUAGAAAAUAAAGAUUUUGAUUAUAUCGCGGGCGAAUUAGACAUUUCUUACCGAUUGACGCCUAUUUUCAAAACAGAGAAAAUGCAUGAGAAAUUUAAAGUAGAACAAGAUGUAGAUGCUGAAGAUACUUCCCUGCAUGUAAUUCGAAGUUUUGAUGACUUGGCGCGUAAGUUGCAUGCUCUAAAUGAACUCCCGCUCGAAAUCGUCUCAAUAUCUGGUAUAUCGCCGGUAUUUCGUUACUGUGAGCCUGUACCGAUACUGCCACAAGCACGCACGAUGGGCGAACAAAUUUAUGCUAUGCAAGUGCAAUAUGGUGUUAUACAAUUGGGACUUAGUGGCAAAUGGCCCAGUGAAUUAGGUGCCCUACGUGCGCUCAAAGUAGCCUUUUACAUACAAAUUGCCAAGUUAUUGCGCGAAAAACACAACCUCCGAGCAAAGGUCACCUACGAUGGUAUUCUGGUUAAUAAACAGGGUUAUUGCUUCGCUAUCGAAAUGGCGCACCCCAAAGAAGUCGCGCUACUCAAAAAGGAGAAAAGCGAACGCGGCCUAAUACAGUACGUCGACUGUGAGGCGAGCAUUGCCUUAGAGAAACGGCAUUAUGUGCUGCCCAAGGUGACUGGCGCACUGCAUGCCUUAUAUCAAGUACAUAAUAGUUUUGGAGGCACAGUUAUGAUCGCCAAACGUUGGCUAGGUUCGCAAUUACUAGAUAACGGCAUAUGGCCAGAAGAGUGCACGGAGCUGUUAAUUGCCGCACAAUAUUUAAAAACACCAGCACAACAGAUUCCAUGCUCUCCGCAAACAGGAUUUAUAAGAUUCCUACAGCUACUGGCGGGCGCUGAUUGGCGAAGCGAGCUCUUUUUAUUGAAUUUUAAUAAUACGAUGGAUGAAAAUGCUGUAGCUGAUUUGGAACACCGAUUCAGCAUAGAACGUGAUACAUUCCCGCCUUUAUGUAUAGCUACUUCUUUCGAUCAACAGCAUAUGGGUAAUUUAUGGACCUCGCUAAACAAACCUAACGUAAAUGUCUUAGCACGUGCGACUUUGUUAGCACGUCACGCAGUGUCUAUAAUCGAGGGUGCGCUAUUGUCCACUAAGGAUUUGUUAAAGCCUGGCCGGAUUUUUAUAGCGUCCAAUAGUGGUUACGAUUUGGUAAUUCAGCUUAAACCGGAUAUGGUACCCAACUCAUGGGCUCAUGAAUUUGGUACUGCGUUCACAGUGCGCACGAAACCAAAUUGGCGUUUACCCUUGGCUGAUAGCAAUUUUUUGCAGAACGCGGUUGCAAAGUUGCGGGAGGCAUAUUCAGACUUUGCAGCCUUCUUUUACAAUCCACAUGGCGGCAAGGAAAUAGCGCUCAUAUGGAAGCCUGACCUAAGCAACGAAAGAGAUUUCAAGGUCACUGAAGUUAAUGGUUGCGCUCUAAGCAGUAAAAAUGCACAAAAAGUUGUUGUUAAAAAGGAAAUAUUAAUCGAAGACUUCAAGUUUAUUCUCAAAGAUAUAUAUCAGCGCAUUGGUACAGUAGAUGAAGUGCUCUCUGCCUCACGUAAUGCAACGAUUCCAAAUGUCAAUGAGAAAAUGCACAUAGCAGGCCCGAAGAGUUUUAACAGAAAUCUUGGGGAAAAUCGUUACUUUUCAAAAUCAGAUGUGGAUGAGGCAAUAACUGAAAAAAUUAUUCCAAAUCUAAAGUCGAGCUCGAAAAAUGCGAAUAUAAAAGCUAAGCAGAGAGCAUCGAAAAACAAAUCUGCGAAAGGUCCGAAGAUCGGUGUAGCGAGCCAAUCUAAAAAAAUUAAGAAAAAAGUGAAGUCUUCGCAAGUAGCAAUCAAAAAGUAGAUUUAAGAUGUGACAAGCAGAAAACAAUAGACUUUAAUUUUAGUUAAAAAGUAUGCCAACAAUAAAAAUAGGAAAGAUUUUCUAAAUCACA